AUGGCUAGCCUAGCUGUUGAAGCAACGCUGAGAUUGGUGGAGAUAGUCUCCUCCUUAAUCCUCGAAGAGAUCAACCGGAAAAAAGAUGUCAAGGAGGAUAUUGAUUGCAUCAUGAGAUGGUUGAAGACCAUGCGAGCUUUCCUGAGGGACCAAGAAGGAACUCAAGGCAACGAGGGUCAUCAGGACAAGGUACACCAAAUUCGAGAUUUGGCAUAUGAUAUUGAGGAUGCUUUUGAUGACUUCAUGUUCCACGUGCCGCACCAUGUGCAUACGCACAUGAUCACGAAAUUUGCACACGGGGCUACUCAUUUUCCCCAGCAAAGGGUAGUCCUUCAUAAAAUGUCUUCCAGGAUCAAAAAAAUUAGAACUAAAAUCCAAAAUUUUGGAUAUCUUGAACCUCUCCGCACUGGAAAUACUACUUCUGGAGAAAGCGGGACCUCUGGUGUUGGGUCUGAAGAUCAUUUGGCCCACCGAGUUGUUGAAGAAGAUGAUAUCGUGGGUUUCGAAGGCCAUGUGGAAUGCAUUCGUGAUCAGUUGCUAUCCGGAGAACCCAAGCUUUCCACAAUUUCCAUUGCGGGCCCUCCUGGUUCGGGUAAAACUGUUCUCGCUAAGCAGGUUUUUGAGUGCAAGAGAGUUCAGGGGCAUUUCGACUUCCAUGCUUGGUUGCGUGUCUCUCCUUCCUUUAAGCGCGAGGAGAUUUUAUGGAGCAUAUUGACACAAUUCUUUCCUGGGAUGGAUGGGUCAGUUCUCAUAAAAGGAGUCGCCGUUAGAGAAAUUUUCAGUAAAUAUAUGCAGCAGAAACGGUUCAUUGUUGUUCUGGACGAUAUAUGGAGAAUGCAAGAUUGGGAAAAGAUUGUAAAUGAAUUACAGAUUGGUUCCAGCGGAAGUAGAAUAUUGAUCACUUCUCGCAACAGUGGCGUUGGCGAGUCUUGUGUCGGAUACCCCAACUAUGUCCACCAACUGAAUGGUUUACCAUGGAAAGAAGCAUUUAAUUUAUUUGGUAAGAAGGCUUUCUGGAGCCGCAAUGGGAUUUGCCCCCCCGAGUUGGAGGAUUGGUCCGAGAAAAUAAUUAAGAAGUGUGAAGGGCUUCCCUUUGCAGUCAUAGCAGCGGGCAACCUUCUGUCAAAGAAGGGGCAAAUUCCACAUGAAUGGAAGAAAUUGCACGACAGCCUCGGAGCCAAUCUUCCUGUUAUUGGGAGUAUUCUGUUGCCAAGUUACAAGUACCUCCCGAGCAAUCUAAGAAGCUGCUUUUUGUACUUCAGUAUUUUUCCUGAGGACUAUUCGAUUCAGCGGCAAAGAUUGAUUCGCCUAUGGAUAGCUGAAGGAUUCGUGAAGGAAGCGAGGAACACAUCUCUGGAGGAAACUGCAGAGAAUUAUCUUAAUGAGCUCGUUCAGAGGAAUCUGGUUGAUGUGACAGCGAAGGAUAUCGAAGGACGGGUGAGAAGUUGCCGUGUCCUGAAUAUUGUUCACGAAUUCAUCAUUGACAAGGCUGAGGAAGAGAACUUUGUCGGAUCUGCAUCGGAAAGAAGCUCAUCGUCACAGGGAAGAAUCCGGCGCCUAUCUGCUCAAACAGAUAUCCGCACAAAUGUUGAACUUAGUCAAACAUUAAGACACGUUCGGUCUGCUUUCAUGCUCGGGCGAGGAAAGUUUCCGAGCUUAAAGUUUUUCCAGUUGUUAAGGAUUUUAGAUAUGCAAGGCGCUCCGCUGGAGGAUUUCCCCAACGGUGUUAAAGAACUUGUGCUUCUAAAGUACCUGAGUUUUCAAGAGACAAAUAUCAAGACAGUUCCCAAAUAUGACGUGAAGAACUACAUGACUUUUGAUGGUGCAAAGGGCGUAGAGAUGCUCAGUGGAAGAGGGGCCUUAUCUAACAUACAGAAGUUGUCCCUCGUAAUGGCUACAACUGAGCUUAUUGAGAAAUUGGAUGGUAUGAUCCAUCUAAGGAAGCUCGGACUCAUAAAUUUGAAGAGCAAGGAUGGGAGAAAAGUCUGUGAGUCCAUCCAGAAAAUGGAGCAUCUCUCGACACUUGAUCUAAGGGCAGAAUCAGGGGACCAUCUUGAAUUGGAUCAUAUUCAGAUCAAGCCCGGGUUUGUGUUUCUUCGGCACCUUUACUUAAAAGGGCAACUGCAAAAGUUACCCAAGUGGGUUUCUUCACUGGAGAGUCUCAUCAAAGUCUGCCUAAAGUGGUCGAGAUCAAACAUCAAUCCGCUUCAAGCUCUUCAAGACUUGCCUAAUCUGAUGGAUCUCAAUAUGGUCGAUGCUUUUACGGGGCAAACACUAGAAUUCAAGGCGAACACGUUCAGGAAACUGAAGAUGCUUCAGAUUGAACAAUUCAGCGAGCUGAGCAUUGUGGAUGUGCAGGUCAAUGCAAUGCCUGCUCUUGAAAAGUUGACAUUUCGCAAGUGCGAGAAAUUGGAUACGCUUCCCUUUGGUAUAAAAAUGCUAACUAAUCUCCAAGAACUGCUUCUGUACGACAUGAAUGGGGAGUUUAUCGAUCGGCUCCGUAAGAACAGUGAAGAUCUCAAUUUGGUCAGGCACGUCAGGGUCAUCCGUUCUUACACUCUAAGCAAGGAUCAGUAUUGGUUGCCCCAGAAUCUUUCUUGA